AUGACAGCCAAAACAGUUGUCGCCUUUGAUCUAUAUGAUACUUUACUCUCAACUGAAUCGAUCGCCGAACACCUAGAGAAACAUUAUGACAAUGCCAAGGCGCAGUCGAUCUCCGCGCUCUGGAGGCGGUAUCAGCUAGAGUACACAUGGAGAUUGAACAGCAUGGGCAAGCAACGCUUCCAAACUUGA